AUGUCACGUAAGCGAGCAGAAACUUCCACGCCAACGGAUGAGGUAGUUAGUUUUGCCUAUUAUUGAAACAAGUAAAAUAUGCAUGCAUCUAUUCAUUUACAGGCUUCAUCUUCUCCUUAUCGACUAAGAGAGUCGUCCAAAAUACCAUCGCGGUAUAGAGACGACGUGGAGAUAUCUCCGUCAAAAGUUCGAUCUCCAAAAAAAUCUCCAUCAAAGUAGAUCAAAAAGUUUUUUUUCUGCUCUUCAUGAGGUUUUCUGCAGAGUUGCCGUUCAAACGCCCACUCGGAAAGUAAAUCCCAAGAGAACACCUACUGUGUCGUCUUCAAGUUCUAUAAAAACUAACACAACGGAUGAUAGUGAUAGUAAAUCAAGUUUGAACCGCAAACGGAACGAAAUGUUGAUGCCACUUCCCAUUUUAGAUGACCCAGUAAGUAGUUUUUUUUUUCCAAUAUUUCGAAACUAUCGAUUACUGUCAUUAAUUUUUCAGCUGCACGGGUUUUUCGUGGACGAUGAACAGCCUACUUCCAGUCAGAUGAUAGCGGCUCCCGAACCAGUUUGUCUAUUCCAUGGAAAUUAGUCUUAUUUUUUUAUUCAGAGAGAAUAUUCACGCCCAGCACGCCGGAUUCUGAACAUGAAUCCUACUCCUAUCAACAUGGAAUACUCUUCUGCAGUUAUCCCGGUAAUAUCUUUCUUUAAAAAAAUUUUUUUGAAUAUUAGACUUUUUUUAUAGACGGUUUUUUUCUGAAGCGGAAAGAACAUGGAGCGAUUUCGAAUCUUUGUUUGACUUGGAAAUGUUUGACUCCGCUGCUGCAAGAGAAAAAAACUUCUGCGCAGUCUUGUUAGGUAUUUCUUUUUUUGCCUAAUUUAUAAUUUUUUUCAACUGUUUGCAGGUACAAAUAUGAAUCCGAGUUAGGAAGAGUCGUACACGAUAACGUAAAGCGAUUGAAAAACUUUCUGAAGUUCAACAAGGUGAGAAUUAGUUUGAAUGAGCGAAGAACAGAAGUGUAGAAGUCACGCCGAUGGGUCGUCUCCGAGUUUUUCUACUCUGGCGUAGACGAGCAGCUCUUUCUGGGUGAUAACGAGUUCGCCCAAAUCAUUCGUGAAGGAUUUCCCAAUCUGAAAACUCUCAUGCUUAACAAACCUGAGUGGAGAACUAUCAGAAGAUUGCUUGGUAAGAAAUUAAUCAAUUAUAGUCGAUCAAAAAUUCCUAAAUAUAAAUCUGAUAUCUUUAUAAAGUGUUUAUUUCCACUGAGAUAUUGGAAUCUUAUAAAGUCUUUCCCAACUUAAUAUUACUCUAAGAACGGCUUCUAGCAUGUAGAUCUAGUCUAACUAUGCUUCCACGGCAUUCCUAAUCGGGUGAAGGAAGGUGGGCGAGGCGUCAAAGCUUCUGAAUUCACAAAAAAAAGUAAGCGCGUGCUCUGGAAAAAAUGACGUCAUUCUACUUUAAAAAUUACAUGAGCAUUCAACGUUUAUAACUGUUUUGUUAGAUAGCUUUUGGCUGCGUACUUGAGAUUUCAAUUUUCGCGAUCUUCUUGAUUUCCGCGUUCCAGGCAAGCCAAGGCGUUGCUCACAGCUGUUUUUCGAUGAAGAACGACGAACUUUGGAAAUGAAAAGAAGUAAGAUUCGUGGGAUAUACGAAGGAACGUACCUCCACGACCACUCUUUUGACAUUUCCGAUUUGCCCAAUAAACUGCCAAGACCACUUGUCGUCGGAAUGAGAGUACGUUCAGAAGGGGAAAACUAGUGAAAAUCCACCUUUUUUGCAGGUUUUUGCUCUGGUUAGUUCAGCGAUGGAAGGUCUUUAUGCCGGAACUAUAGAUGCCCUUAUUCCCAACGGUUAUCGCAUCGUUUUCGAGAGCGUGAGUUUUUUUGAAAAAAAUUAGGAGUAAUUAGGUUUCGAAAAAUAUCGAGUCAAUUUCCUUUUUCAAUAGAAAUAUAAUUUUUAUAAUUCUAAAAAGCUACAUAAAAAAAUUUUUUUAAAGUCCACUUUUUUUCUAGCCUAAUCUUCCGCCAGCCGAAGUCCCCGACACAGAUGUCAUUGUCGACGGACGACUCGAACUUCUGAGUUUGGCUUAUUUCGUGGAACAAGCCAACUCGAAGCUUCCUACCGGUGUUCGGCCUGUAGGUAUGUAGAAAAAAGAAUGUUUCUUAAAUUUUACUGACAGCUUAUUCGAUUCCCCACUCCUAGAAGGAUAAAUAUAAGAUGUUUCAACUUUCAGUGGCCGCGGUGAGGCACCUGGAAAGGCCUCACGUGGUCAAAAGCGAGCUUGAUAUCAGCACGAAUGCUCCGAUGAGUGCCGCUGCGAAAAGAGCUCUUCUGAACGGAGGAACUGUUAACAUCGGCCUAGGUUCCUAGCCAUUCAAAAGAUUCUUGGAAACUUUUUUUUUCAGAAAAAGUCGGGAAUUUCCCACUGCGAUUUUUGGUUAUCCUUGUCAAGCUUUCCAAACUGAUCGAGGUGAAGAAAAAGCUGUGUCGUCAGCUCAGUGAAAUGAAUAGCGAAGCAGAAAAAAUGAACCUGCAGACUUCUCAUUAUCCCGAAGCUUUCAAGGUUGAUGAAGUUUAGGGGGUUUUUUUCAAAUCUGAAAUUUUUCAGGAGAAGUACGCUUUGGUGAUUGUUGAGUUGGAUGCCGUGAAUCGACAAAUCCAGAAUUACCUUCAGUCGAUUCAAGAAUACAGUAAUCAUUUCACGGCGCCCAACACGGAGGUUAGUCAAUCCUCCACUGAGGAUGACACAAAUGAGAAAAGAGCAUUGAGACAGAUUUGAAUUUUGUUAACGUGCAAUAAAGAGAGUUCCUUCAUGAAAGUUAUAGUAAACGACGGAAGUUUGCUUCAGCUUGUAAUUAAAUACACGAUAGUUCAGUCUAAAAAUAACGAGCUAUACAGAUUUUAAAAAAAAACAUAUGUUUCUUCUUUUGAUUCUGCUUCUUUUCUGAGAUUUUCUUAUGUUUUUCUGAGACACUGUAACCUUUCAAAAUUUUUUGGUUUUUCUUAAUCUAGGAGACUUUUUUUUCGAUUAGACUGAUCGAAAUUUCACAGCUAGAAAAGGUUAAGGUCAGAUGCCCUUUUUUUAAAACUACUUUAAGCAAAAGGAUUCCUAGUUUUCGAAAAUUAUUGUAAUUUUGUAAAACCUUUUUCACCAAUUUUGAGCUUUUCAAUAUAUAAAAUUUAGCAUCGAGUGUGCUUUUCCUUUUCCUCUUUAUUUGUUCUUUUUUUUUUGUUAACCGCCGCUAUCACUUUUGCAAAGAAAAUUUUUUUCAGCCUAUGCACCUGAAGCCGGAGAUUUUGCGUCGAAAUUGCGAUUUGCAAGCCUCACAAAUUGUCCAGCACUGCAACCAAGGGCUCAACGUCGACAAUCGACACGCGCUUUCUCUUAUUUCCUCUCUCACUUCGCUCAUUUUGCAGGUUCACUGGAAUUAAAAUUCAUCUAAGGUUCAAUUUUUUCAGGUCCGCACGAUGGGUCAACAGAAAAUUUCUUCUCUGGACUUGCAGUCUCUCAACGAAGCGAUCAACGAGAUUAAAACGAAGGUCUUUUCCGAUAAUUUAUUUGCAGAGCUGCUGACCAGACCGGGGCGACAGCAACGCGCCCCGCGAAGCGGUCACACUGUUAGAAGAUUUCUCCACAGUUACUCAAUGAUAUAAAUGAAUUUUCAUUUUCUUCAACCAAUAGAUUCAUUAUUAGUCGUUACUCUGCGGAUUUUCUCACUUAACCUUUUUUUUUUUACUUAUCUACCCAACGAGGCGGGGCGCUCCGGGGCGACUGCUCAAAACAGCGGGGCGCCCCGUCAGCAGCACUGUUUAUUUGCAUCAGAAUGGUUGAUAUUUCAGAUCUCACCGAAAAAUGGACCCUGGUUCCAAGAUCACGUUGAGGUCCAUAUGAAGCAAAUUCACAACAAAAUGGUCCAGCAGGCAGGAAUUUCUGUGCCUUCAGUUCCUCUCGGACGUUGA